GGCGGUGACCUAAUUUUACUAUCAGUCGGUCAUCACCCACCAUCCAACGAGGAGGUCGGUGACUCCAAGCGCCUCCGUUGGCGGAGCCUUCCUUCCAUCUGUCGCCCGGUGGACAUCCACCGCUGACCGCACCAAACGCGCCGCAUAUGUUCGCUGUCGUCACCGUCGCCCCCGAGUUGGCGCACCCCAAAUGAUCGACUAAUUUCUAUUAGUAUUCCUCUCUCUCGUCUCUUCUCCACCUUCUUUCCCUCGGCGAAGCCCAGAUCUUCUAUUGCCGGAUCCGCUCCUCUUUGACCGGUUCCAACCUCGCUACUUCGUCGCCAAGAAGAAGAGGAGGAGGAAGAGGAGAAUUCGAACGGAGAGAGAGGAAGAGAGAUGUGGGUUUUUUAUUUGAUCUCGCUUCCCCUCACCCUCGGGAUGGUGAUGGUCACGCUGCGGUACUUCGCCGGGCCGGACGUGCCGAGAUACGUGCUCUUCACCGUCGGAUACGCCUGGUUCUGCUCCCUCUCCAUCAUUAUUCUUGUGCCCGCCGACAUCUGGACGACAAUAAUAGGACGUCAGCAGGGCGGCAUUGCUUUCUUCUGGAGUUGGUCAUAUUGGAGUACAUUUCUGCUAACAUGGGCUGUGGUUCCUACUAUUCAGGGUUAUGAAGAUGCUGGAGAUUUCACGGUGAAAGAAAGACUAAGAACUAGUGUUCGAAUGAACUUGCUCUUCUAUAUAAUUGUGGGAUCUAUUGGCCUUUUUGGUCUCAUUCUGCUUGUUAUCAUGCAUAGGGAUUGGAGUGGAGGUAUUGUGGGCUUAGCCAUGGCUUGCUCAAAUACCUUUGGGCUGGUGACAGGUGCAUUUCUUCUUGGUUUUGGUUUCAGCGAGAUUCCUAAGAGCAUUUGGAGGAAUGCAGAUUGGAAUAACCGCCAAAAAGUUCUCUCUCAUAGGGUUGCGAAAAUGGCUGUCAAGCUAGAUGAUGCUCAUCAAGAAUUUUCCAAUGCAAUUGUGGUUGCACAAGCCACAUCCAAUCAGAUGUCAAAGCGUGAUCCUUUAAGGCCCUACAUGGAUGUUAUCGAUAGCAUGUUGCAUCAAAUGUUGCGGGAAGAUCCAUCUUUCAAGCCAUCAGGAGGUAGACUGGGGGAAAAUGAUAUGGAUUAUGAUACUGAUGAUAAGACGAUGGCUGCACUGAGACGUCAACUUCGGAUAGCUCGAGAGGAGUAUUACAGAUACAAAAGUGAAUAUAUGGCUUAUGUCAUGGAAGCCCUCGAAUUGGAAGAUACGAUAAAAAAUUAUGAGCAUCGUGAUUCAAAUGGAUGGAAAUAUGUUUCAAGUUUUAGAGAAAGUCGAAGGGGCAAUCUAGGAUUCUUUCUUGAUAUUAUGGAGUUCUUAUGGCGUUGUAUACUAAGAAAGCAACUCCAGAAACUCUUGGCUGUGAUCCUUGGUUGCAUGUCUGCUGCUAUUCUAUUGGCUGAGGCCACUUUGUUACCAAGUGGAGUUGAUUUAUCUCUUUUCUCCAUUCUUAUACAUGCUGUGCGAAAGCAAGAAGUGCUAGUCCAGAUAGCUGCAUUUGUUCCACUGAUGUACAUGUGUAUUUGCACAUAUUAUUCCUUGUUCAAGAUUGGAAUGCUAAUGUUCUAUUCACUAACUCCAAGACAAACAAGCUCAGUUAGCUUACUCAUGAUAUGCUCAAUGGUUGCGCGAUAUGCACCUCCCAUUUCUUACAAUUUUCUUAAUCUCAUUCGUCUUGGUGGUAAUGCCAAAACUAUUUUUGAAAAGAGAAUGGGGAAUAUCGAUGAUGCCGUCCCCUUUUUUGGAAGAGGGUUUAACAAAAUCUACCCGCUUAUUAUGGUUAUUUACACCCUGCUGGUUGCAAGCAAUUUCUUUGGCCGAGUAAUUGAUUAUUUUGGAAGCUGGAAAUGGUUCAAGUUCCAGAGUGAGCAAGAUGACAUGGAUGGGUUUGAUCCAUCUGGCAUGAUUAUCCUUCAGAAAGAGAGGUCUUGGCUUGAGCAAGGGUGUAAAGUUGGUGAGCAAGUUAUACCUUUAGCAAGAAAUUUUAACGGUACAAGUAUGGAUGUUGAAUCUGCUGCUGAACCACUGGAUAAGAGCACAGUGGAGAUGAAACCUGGGGCUACACCAUCGAUGGAAAAUGGGAGUCAAGCAAAAGCUCUGAAAGAAGAGGGCCAUAAGGUCAGUACCAAUCGCGAAACCAUUGCAAGCAAAUACUCAAUGAUAAGAAAGCAGCAAGGCAGGCAGUCAUCAGUGUCCAAAGAGAAUGGCACAUCACCAGCUUCAGUAUCUUUGCUUGAUACCGGCAAUGCUGCAAAGCAGUCUGACAGCUUGACAGCAGGUACAUCGACAGGACUAGCCUCUACAUGGGCAUCAAUGAAGACUGGUCUCCAGAAUUUCAGGGCCAACGUAGGGGCAAGGAAGUUUUUUCCACUGCGGCAAGCUCAGCCAACUCCUCUCCAUUCCUAUGUCUCCUCUUCUGAGUCCCUCGAUGAAAUUUUCCAAAGAUUGAAGCAUCGUCCAAAGAGAGACCAAGAUAUAGAUUUAGAUGAUGAUGAUGUGGAUGUGACAACUUCAGGGUUAACGAGAUAGUACAGGACAUAAUUCAUCUAAGAAAGCAGAGUUAAAUGGUUACAUUGCGAGGAUGUUACAUUGUGGGAUUCUGGACAAUGUACAGAUUCAAUAGCAGGUUUGUGUCGAGCCUUUCUUUUGAUGGGAUUUUCUGCAGGUCAUGCAGGAGAUUUGGUUUACAUACCAGAAGCUGUAUACGGGUAAGGAUGGAAUAUGAACAGGUAGAGCGUCAGAAGACUAAGCUGGAAUUCGAGAGCGCAUAGGGUCAUCUAAGACUGCAGCCUGUAUUUGGAGAUAUCAACAUGUAUGCCGAUGAAGGCAAAUCUGUUUGUGUGGCUUUUGGCCAGCUUAGCCCUUAUUACUUGUGUUUGCACAAAGAAUUCAAUGAAAUAUAGAUAUUUUUCAGAGAAACAAAGAA